ACGACUCUCUCUCUGUCCUUCAAAAGUUGAAUUCAAACAAAACAAAAGCAACGAAAACGGUAAGCCAGCUCGUUCUCUCUGCCCCUCCUCCACAUAAUCCAUAACCAUCUCUCUCUCUCUUCUCUCUGCAAAUCCAAAACGCAGAAAGCAAACUGCUCCAACGACAUACACCAACACAAUCAACUAACCAACCACAAAACACUAUCCUCAAAACGACAACCUACACAAAACAACACAUCCACCGUCCAUCAUCCCCCGCCGCCCCACCGAAUCAUCCUUUCUUCCCCCACCGUCCCUUCCUUUUUCUUUCAAGGGUCGAUGGCAGAACUCGGAAACAACGUCAUCAACAACAGCAACAAUACGACGUCGUCUAGGUUUCCGUUCUUCAACCGUUCUUUAACGACGGUUCACACGAUCAACAAAGAAAAACCGUCGCAGAAACCGCCGCAAUUGGAACGCGCGGGUUCGCUCACGAAGUUCGUCGAAUCCGCACGCGGCAGCGUUGUCAAGAGGCUCUGCAAUUUCUUCGAGCCUCCGAAACCAUCUUCGUCGCAAGAAUCGCUUCUCCAAAACAAGCCAAAACCCUCAAAAUCGGUAGAUAACUACGAUUCUUCGGAAGGAUCGCUUUACGGCAAGGUAAAACCCCCGAAAUCGAUCAAUAGCUCGGAUUCGAUUCGGUUACCCGGCACGGAGGAUCGGAUCGUGUUGUAUUUCACGAGUUUGCGAGGGAUUAGGCGAACCUACGAGGAUUGCUACGCGGUUCGGAUGAUCUUUCGCGGGUUUAGGGUUUGGGUUGAUGAGAGAGAUAUAUCGAUGGAUUCGAAUUACAAGAAAGAGUUGAUGAGUGUGUUGGGAGAGGAGAAGAAGAAGAACAGUGGACACGUGGCGCUUCCUCAGAUUUUUAUAAGAGGGAGGUACGUUGGGGGUGCUGACGUCAUCAAGCACAUGUGUGAGGUGGGUGAGUUGGGGAAGGUUCUAGAAGGGCUUCCAAGGACGAAGGCUGGGUUCAUGUGUGAGAGUUGUGGUGAUGUGAGGUUCGUGCCUUGUGGGAAUUGUAGUGGGAGUAGAAAGGUGUUUGAUGAGGAUGAAGGGUUGUUGAAGAGGUGUUUGGAGUGUAAUGAGAAUGGUUUGAUUCGGUGUCCUAAUUGUUGCUCUUCUUGAAAUAUUCCAAAUUCGUAGCAAUGUUUGGUGUUCUGGAAAAUUGUAAGUACCAAAAUGUGGCUGAUGCGGCUGCAAUAGUUGAAACCUUGGUGUGUAGUUGGUGUCUUUGUUUUGGACAAUUUUAGGUCUUGGUGUGUGAUUUGAUGAAGGUUUAAGGUUAUGUGGUGAUUCAAAGUGCUCUUUGAAUUUUUUUAUGGGUGGUGCUUUCGGUUUGUGUUGUGAGCUGAUGAUGAUUGGUGUCUUUCAGCUCCUUGAACUGCAUUUUGUUCAAGAGUGUGAUUUUUAUUCCCCACAGAAAAAAAAUAAAAAAGAAAAGAAAAUUACGCAAUGGGUUUGAGUAUGGCUGUUCUAGUUUUAUUCACAGUACCGAGGAGGACUGUUUCCCCUCAAGACAAUGUAAAUAUUUAGUAUUAUGAACAAAGGCAUUUGAAAGUAUUAACCAUUGAAGUUUAUAUUGGGAGUGAUUUAUUUGUUAGUAAUUUCU